CUAAAUUUGCCAUAUAUAUCAAUUUCCGGUGAGAAAAUGCUAAAAAUUAUUAGGAGUUAAAAUCUAAUUCUUGGGUGUUUUCUAAGUUUUAUAUCAAAAUGGAUUGGCAAUUAACUUGUAGAGUUUGCCUGGAAACGGGCGAUAUGGUUUCCCUGUUCGAUUGGGAUGAAAAUAAUCAACAACUCGGCGAUAAGUACACCUACUGCUGCGGCAUCAAGGUGUGUAAAAACGAUUCUCUGCCGACGCUGAUAUGUUUGAAUUGCGUAGAUAGGCUUACUUUCGCCUAUCAGUUCAAGCAGCAAUGUUUAACAUCGAAUACCACUUUGAAAGAGUGUCUUGGGGAGUUCAUGAAGAGUAGUGCUGCUGUGAGCUCCACUUCAACAUCCAAACCUACAGAAACCGAGACGAUCACUAUAAAGCAAGAGAAUGGCUUACUCUUACAAUACGAGCUGCCUGUUGAGCACGAUCCUACGGCCACAUGGACUAGGACUCUCAACAAGACGCCGAGUAGCUCCGUGGUCACGAAAGCUCCAAAACCGAAGAAGAGGGGCCGUCCGAGGAAAUACCCUAAUGAACAGGGACAGAUCCAUCUAUCACCCUACCAGAGGAAGAAACCGAGGGAGCCGGUGAAAGAGCCUGAAUCGUUGACUACGAUGAUUGCAAGCGGCACAUUGGCCAUAGAGGCCAUUAAAGAAGAGCCGUUGGAGGAUGAGCAGCAACAUUUGGGAGAUGAUUUUGCUGACGAUGAUCCAGAAUUUAACCCAGAGAGUGAAGAAAAUGAAUCUGAAGCAGAGGUUGUUGAGAAAGUGCAACCUGCCCCCAAGAAACGCGGUCGACCUCGCAAAGUCCAAAUCCAAGACAAACCAGAAAAAUCCAAGGAGGAUGACGGUGAGGACGUGCUAUUAAAAGAAACUAUACUCGCGUUCUCAGAACCCAUACCGGAGCACAUACUCAACCCUCAGCCGAAGAAAAAGAAGUAUGCCAAGAGGAAGAAAUAUGUCUAUGAGAAGACGCACACUUGUGAGACAUGUGGCUCUUCGUUCACAUCCAACGCCUCGCUGCAGGCUCACAUUCGCCGACAUCUCGGCAUCAAGCCUUUUGUGUGCAGCGUGUGUGGUUACGCGUGCGUCAUGAAUGAGGCGUUGAAGCGACACAUGUUACGUCACACGGGCGAGCGGCCUUACAAGUGCCGCGUGUGUGAACGCCGCUUCGGGGACUAUGGCACGAGGCAGAAGCAUGAGAGGUUACACAUGGGUCUUCGGCCAUACCAGUGUUCGGUGUGCGGCAAGUCGUUCACGUAUUCGUACGUGCUCGCCAACCAUAUGCUCACUCACACUGGGGAGAAGAAAUACUCUUGCGGCCCAUGCAACAAGAAGUUCACCAAAGCCCACCAUCUCAAAUACCACAACAAGGUGCAUCAUAAGGAGCUUUACAUCCAGCAGCAGUUGGAAAUGCAAGCCAAGAAGAUGCGUCAACAGAUGAACGCCACCGGACUGUCCGGAGUGCUGUCCGGACAGAUUGUGGACGGGACCUUGCAGCUGGCACAUCACGCGCCUUCCGAAGAUGGCGAGCAAGAUGCCCAGAUGCAAGUGGUGGAGCACCUGGAAGACGCCGACAAGGAGACCGACCGCGCCGUGGCCGACAUGCAAGCGGGGGUGUUGAACGCAGAGUUUUGUAUAGAAGACGACGAUAGCAAAUGUUAAAUCCAUAAAUGGAUAUUAUAAUAAUUAUGAACUAAUAACGUUGGUAUAAUCAAACAUGUCACUGUAUAGUCACUCAUGUUCGUAGUUAGGGUUCAGUAUAAAAAUAGGGAGUCUGAUUGGGAAUUAUGUAAUUGUAAACCAAAUUCAUAAUAAUUAUACAUAAUCGAUGUUCUAUGUUAACUGAAAACAUUUUAAAAUAAUGUACGCUUUUAAUCAACUAUCUUUCUUUGUUAUCUAUACCUGUAAUUUUAAACUUUUAUAGUUAUUUAACUAGAAAAUAAAUAAAAAAUGUAUUAAACCCCAAUCAGUCGCCCUUCACAUUGUAAGAAGGAAUUUGGAAAACAGUAUAUUUACAUUAGAAAAUGUAAUUCACUUUCAUAGUAU